ACCUAUAUAAAGCCCGUGCAAGCCGUCACCAUGGCACGACACAAGUUCCUCGCUGUUCUCGAGCUUGACAAGACAGCCGUUGACUGCUUCCUUACCGCCGAGCUCCGCCGCUCAGUUGAUAUACUCCUCUUAGACAUCUUUUGUAUCUCGCAUUCACCUGCGUACUUUGGCCCGGCCGUGACUGUUCUCUCAGAAAUCGAGGCAAGUUGGCGCGAGACUUGGCGCGAAGAUAUACUCCUGCUCGAUUGUCGGCUCGUAGCUGCAUGCUUAUAGCUUGGUCAUAUAAAGACUUAAAAGGAUGACGACUCGCUGCUGGCUUGGCGUACACGCUCCGGCUGUCUCUCGCACACACAAUCGCCGCACUCCUGACUGGUGCAACCUGGCGCAACACCCUCCCCGCACCUCCCGUGCUCGCGCAGAGCCCCUCAACAGCCCCCCUCCUGAAGCUUGGCCGCCAUGGGCAUACGUGUCCAUUCUCGCCGCGGCCGCGGCCCGAGCCCGGCCAACUCCGCCACUGGCGUGUGUCGGGCGCUGAUGCUCGCGGCGCUGUUGGCGCUGGGACUGAUGGGCGGCGGCUCAGGUGCCUGGGCCCGCUCUCUCGGCGCGGGCCGCACCCUGCAGCAGCAGGGCCAGCCCCUGGUUGCGGAUGUUAACGCCGGCGGUAUCGCCUCCAUCCCCGUGCCUGUCUACGGCGGCGCCGGUGCCGGCGUGGUGGUUACACCUUGCCAUCAUGACAGCAGCUCCCCUCCCCAGCCUCCCAGCCCCGCGCCGCCCACACCUCCCAGCCCCGCGCCUCCCUCUCCCGCUCCUCCGUCUCCGCAGCCUCGCUCCCCGUCCCCGCUCCCUCCCUCUCCGCCUUUCCCACCUCCUCCCAGCCCCGCGUUUUCCGGCAGCCUGUCGUGCCUGAAGGACGCGCGCGACUUUGUGAGCCGCAUCCCCAACCCGCCCAUCGUGGGCAGCUUCAUGUCGGCGCUGCAGCAGCUGCCCGCUCUGGGCUCCGGCGGCGGCGCUGCCGGCAACCUGUUUGACAACCUGCGCCUGGGCACGCUGGCUGGCUACGCCAUGGCGCAGAACGCCCGCCUGCCAGUGUUCACGGGCAGUGAGAUCGGCGACUACCACAGCGGUCUGGACGGCCUGGACGCCGCCUGCGCCAACAUCGCCUCCAACGUGCAGCCCGGCGCGCCCUACGUGCUGGGCGUGGCCACCACCGAGCUCAUCGGCAACCUGCUGGCCAUCGCCAAGACGGGCGGCUCUUCCUCGGGCGUGGGCGACGGCGAGUCGGCCAAGCAGGCGGCGUGGCUGGCGCUGACCAAGCUGUCUGUGUGCGCCGCCAUCAACCCGUGCGAGAACACCUACAUCCUGGGCUUCAACGGCUUCAGCACUCCGCCCCUCACCACUGAGGUGGGCCAGUUCACGUUUUCGCUGCUGCGUGCGGGCUUCAGCUACGGCUCCAACUUCAACUCCAGCCUCAUGAGCCUGCUGGUGCACAACGCCUGGCAGUACGACUGGGCCCAGCGCCACCAGCCCGGCAGCCUUGUGGACGUGAGCCGCCCUGUCAACGUGCUGGUGGGCGGCCGUGUGACGUGGGGCCUGGACGUGUCGGCGCAGGAGGGCGGCCCCACGCUGGCCAGCAUCGAGCUGGACGCCGACGCCGAUGUGGGUGUAUCCACCAACGUGGGCGGCACCAAGGAGGUGAUCGUCACCACCAACGCACGCGGCCCGGUGCUGACCAUCGCCAAGCUGCUGACCAUUGACCUCCGCGGCCUGGCCGACCUGGGCCAGAACGUGCUGUGGCGCUUCCGCUCCGCCUCCGACUUCCUGUUCCAGUACGUGCUGUACGCGUCCGGCACCAACGACAUCUCCAGCGUGCUGCAGACCGCGCCGGGCCUGGGCUCGCUGCUGUCGCCCAUCAUCUCCUUCAAGGGCACGGGCAGCCUGGCGGUGCAGGUGGACGCGGUGGGCGCUGCGGUGCGCAUUGAGGUUGACGGCCGCUUCACCAUUGCCGGCGACAUCACCCGCCAGUUCGGCCUGCCUGCGGUGGGCGCGCGCGCCUCCAUCCUGCUGACCAAGAAGCACACGGAGUCGGACUUCCGCGUGACGCUGGUCAUCAACGGCCAGUCGUACUGCGUGGGCGUGACCGGUCGCGGCGUGGGCCGCCCCAUCAGCACCUGCCCGCCCGGCACCGUCCAGGACCCGCACGGUCUGCUGUGCUACCCUCCCUGCCGGUCGGGCUUCACCAUGGUGGGCCCUGUGUGCUGGCAGUCGUCUUGCCCUGCUGGCUUUGGCACCACGCCUGUGGACUGCACCAAGCCCGCCGCCUAUGGUCGCGGCGGCGGCUACCCUUGGAAGUUUGGUGAUGGCUUGAACCUGGAUGCCGCCAUGCGCCGCUGCCUGAGCGACAACCCCUCGACCGGCUGCGAGCAGUCCGGCGCCAUCAUCUAUCCCAAGUGCCGGUCUGGCUUCAAGCCCUUCGGCUGCUGCAUCUGCUCGCCUCAGUGCCCCAGCGGCAUGACUGACUCGGGCGUGAGCUGCCUCAAGCAGAGCUACGGCAACGGCGCGGGCUUCCCUCUGGGCUGCGCCCCCGGCGAGGAGCAGUCGGGCGGUCUGUGCUACCCGUCUUGCAAGGCCGGCUUUGUGGGCGUGGGCCCAGUGUGCUGGCAGUUCACGUGCCAGGCGUAAAUGCAAGUUGACCACCUGCCCUUAUGGGACACGACGUGUUAUCAUGAGUGUGGGCGCGUACACGCACAGCAGGGCCACACACGCGGCUUCCUUGCGUACCACGCACGAGGCCCUGCGUUGGCUGGUAUUUCUUCCUUCCAUCCCUGCAUUCGUUUGUCUCUGUCGGGAUUUCUUUCUUUUCUCUGUGUUGCGCGCGGUGUUCUUCCUCAAUCCUCUGAACAUGCACAUGACCAAUGAUGAGCGGUUUGGCUUCUUUGCGCGCUGGUUUGCUUGCUUCUGUACAUGCACACGCAUGCGCUGCUGGUUAGGCAUGUUCUAGUCGUUUGUACAUAGUCUGUGGCUACGCCGUAUGUACACACAUUCAUGCACCGUAUGCACACGCCUCACAACUGCCGUACAUACCGCGCCGUGCUUACUCACGUUUGUUUGUCCAUUCAUAUUCUUGGUUCUUGUUGGUGCCCGCGGAAUUCAUCCAUGAAGGACUCGGAGAGACUCAGGUGCCUUGUUUCCAUGAUGUGCCAUUGAUCCCCGCACAACUUGCAUUUCCCCCACGCACAUAUAUUCACGCACGCGCAUGCCUCAUUGGAUUGCUUAGCCUAGUCGGAUGCUAGACGCUGUUAGUAGACACCGUGUCGGCGUGUGUUCGUAGUUGCAGGGCCAGGCAAGGCGUUGCUAGUCAGCGUGUUUGUUGGUAGUGCGCGCGUGCAUGCCCUUGAUUGCGGCUUGCUGCUUUGGCGCUCUCGGUCCCUGGGAACUUGCCUCUGCGGGCGCUGGUCGCUGUUGGGCGUCAUGCCACGCACGUGUAACUACCACCAUAGCUAUGCCUGUACGGCUGUGCCCAAGCAAGUCCUCACGCGGUGGUAGGGCUCACGGGACUGAUGAUCAAUUGUGGUAAAGGCAGAGCUGGAUGGAGGAGGGGAAUAAGGUAGGGGCCCGCGGCGCCUCCCUCUUCGUGCAGCUAGCCGUGGGAUCGCGUCUGCUGUUGACGUAUGAUGAAUGACUGAGCGGCCUGGCGUCCAAACGGACUUCAUGCCUCGUCCAUCUGGCUGCAUGCAGGGCUCCGCUGAUCCGCGGCCAGUACGUACGUACAGAUGUAAAAGAGUGCGGGC